AUGGCGGAUCGUUCCCGGCGGUCGAUUUGCUUUCGUUUGACACCCCACACGAAGUACUUCGGAUUCCCGGCCCCAGCCGCGCCGCCCCCCGAGUGUCAAAAAGCGCGCCAAGCCGAGUUUCGACUCCCGCGUGACUCUUCGAAUCUUGCCGAUACGUUCCGCGCGGGCCCCGAACGAAACAAACGAAAAAAAAAGGCCCGAAGAAAUCGCGUCCGUACGCCCGCGGGGAGCGCAUCCCUCAGCGUCGGGGCGCGCCGCCGCCGUCAGAUAGACCGCGGAGCCGCCGUCCCGUCCCUUCAGUCGUUUCCCGUCGGCCGUCGCGGGGCGGCGCAUCGCCUCAUCCUCAAGCAUUCAUGCCUCUUUCGUGCCGUCGAAGAAAUUUCCGUCGUCGGGCUUCAGCCGCCGCCCCAGGUGUUGUCACAUAGAGCGGGUCGUCAUGGCUACGACGCGAGCGCCCAGAGCUCCGGCGGGAUGCUGUCAACGGCACGCCGCCGCGUCGGCGACGCCGCCAGUGCGUCCGAAACGUCCGUCGGGUUGGCCACGACGCGUCGCGACGCCCAAGUCCUGCCGACGUCGUCCGAGACGUCGACGGUGGUGUGUAUGUGUGUGGCCGUAUGUCAGCCGAGCGGCGGCCUCGAACGAGGGGGGAUGGAAAUCGGUAAUCAAGCAAUUAGGAUAACGCGCGGAUACAAUGGGGAACGAUGACGACGACGCUAAGUUCAGCGGGGCGGGGUGUAGUAAUUUUCAUCCUGAAAAAUGACAGAUGAUUAAUUCGAAAACCUAUAAAUCCUCCAGUUUUCAAUAGGGCCUUAAAAAAAGCGCCACUAGCGUAUUUUGAGGGUCCUCCCGAAAGGAGAGACGGAUUAGGGGGAGGUUCCACCCUCCCGGCGGCCCUAAUUGAGCGUUAAACGAGUUUUGACGGUAUCCCAUCUACAUCUGUUGGUACACACACGCGACAAGGUUUAAUCUGCAAGCUCCGCCUUCCCCCGAUGUCGACCCGAUCGCUACGCGACGGUACUCUACCCAAAAUGGCGUACGUUCGUUAGUUGUCAGCACCUCAGAUGUCAAAACUCAUUGUCUGUCACCCAGGGAGUAGCAUUCGUUCAUAAUAAUAUUUAUUUUCCAACUACAAAAUUGUACAGGAAUAGUCAAAAUACAUGAUAGGUACAAUAGACAUAGAUAUAUAAAAAAAAUAGUAACUAAAAAAAAAACGUUUUUUAAAUAGACAAGGUUUUGUCUCGUAACUCCAAUGGCAGAUUCUUGAACACUUAAAUAAUCAGGCGAUCUCGAAGUCAUCGACAGCCUACAUUAGGGAACAUGCAGGUCAUCGCUCUGUCAUGUAUUGUUAGAAUAUACGUCACCAACUAACUUAACAUUCGAUAAAAACCAAUAGACUCGCAAGAUGAAAACUAAAGCGACUGUUGCAUAGUUAAAAUCUCACAAAGUUUUAUAAAAAGAUAAUUUAGAGUUGAAAUAAGAGUAUCUCGAUGAGACCUCCAAUUGAAACAUUCACGUAAACUCAAUCCUAGAAACCUUACAGUAUAUCUACUUGUGAUAGUGUCAUUGCCUAAACAGAUAUUAAAAUUAUCACAUUGUUUCGAUAUAGAUUCAUUUUUCUAAACCAUCUCAUCAAUCUGUCGAGUACGCCACAUCACGAUUAAAACUGAACCUUGAGGGACACCCAUCGCUAUGCGUUGACCUUUUGAAUUUACAGUCAUCUACAAAAUUAAUUAGUCUCUCUAAGAAAGCAUACUCAAACUCUUUAGAAGAACUAUUUGAAAUUGUUAUCUUACGAUAGUUUUCUCGCAAUUGUCCUAACCGAAAAAUGUUAUCUCUAAAUGCUUUAAUUCGGGAGAUAGAACGGAGAGAAAAGAAAGGUAAUGUGAGACGUCGAUACGGACUUACACACACAGGACUUAUUACCGAGACAGAAUGCGAACCGGACCUGAAGGAUGAUCGGCCACUACAUUUAGAAGUGAGGAGUUGCAAGAUUUUAUGGUGAUAGAUCAGGAUUUGCCUACAACCGCAGAGGAAGCCGUAUUACCACAAGCAAGAACGGGUGAGGAAGAAGACCACCACCAACCAUUCAACAAAGUACGAGAUGCGUAUUGGCAUACUAAAAAAUUCAAACGAAAAUGAACGAUUAUUUGAAACAUUAAAUGUAGUUCUUAAAUAUUUAUACAAAAUGUUCCUAAGUAGAUGUUAAAGUAUGUAUAUAAAAUAUUGGUAUUUUUUAAGUGCGUAUACAACACAAAAAAAGCAGUCCCUUCAAUUUCGCUAUAUAGAGUUUCCACUGUACAUCGAUCGAACUUUUUUUUUUUUUGAAUCGGUAACAUACUCAAAGCGAGGGCGCUUAAGUUCCUCAUCUGCCGCCCAUUCUGGAGACCGUUUCCGUUGCGACGGUAUUACUUACGAUCCUGCGGAUCCUGGCGUCUGCAGAUAACAGACUUACGCCCGUUAACUACGAUCGUCUGGAGGUUUGGACCGAAACGACUUCCAAUAA